CCGCUGAACGUAUAGGCAUGUUUAUUGAGGCUAAGCCACUGCUAAUGGUAAGCAAACAGGACUACAAGUGGACUAUCAAAACAUAUUUAGCUGACCGGACACAUGAAAUACAGUUUGAAUUGGGAAAACAGUUUCAAGUCAACCGACCCAAUGGUACUAUAGUUAAAUCAACUAUUGUUAGCGGCACCGGUAGACAACUGAUCCAAACACAGAUUGACGGCUCAAUGGAGAUGACAAUUGUACGCGACUUUAACGGUCCCGAUCUGGUGACCACUGCUACCGUCGGCGACACAGUUCAGGCCAAAUGGUUUUAUACGGAAAAUUUUGUUUUAGAUUUUCAUAAUGAUUGAGAU